GUAACAGACAAUGAGUGGCUGCGAGGUUGAUCCAGAUAGAAAUCCUGAAGUGUUUGACUUGAAGAUUUACUAAGGCGGAGGCAGGAUGUUUCUCAGUUCGAAUUGCGAGGAAUUGUGAACCAUCAGUGUGAUAAAUUGUCGGAAAUAUCACUAUGCGACGUUCUAUGAGUGUCACCCACGGAAAAUUUGAGCUGAUGCAGCGGUAAACGGAGUCCAGCUGAGCGUCACCCUUGAUGGAUACAAAUCCAGACUGUUUUUCCAUGAUACCAAUGUAGAAUAUCAUGUGACUACGGAUAUUGAUACGGACAGUGGAUCCAAUUCUCAGCAUUUCAGAACAUGAUGCAUACCAAGACGUCAGCCAUAAACCGCUAGUUGAAAGCGGGAUCAACUCAGACGUUACCAACAAACACACAUUUCAGUCUCCACUAACACUACAGUAGUUGAGCAGCGGUGAGUGUCGAGAGAAAACUGAGGAGGAGAGAAGGUGAUGAAUGUGGGGAUGGCUUCUCUUCAUAAUCAUGUAAACUGCGAGCGUCGUAAAAGCCUUACGAAAUCAGAAUUUCUGGCAUCAUGGCCAAUUGUUCUUUGGAUAGCGACUAUGAUGGCUACGAGUGUCGUGUGUGCCUUGCCAGAAUUAAUUUCACCAGGUGAUCCUGACAUUGUGUUGGUGUGGAACGUCUCGUACAUCACUAAAUCACCCUUGGGAAAACCUCAACAGGUGAUAGUAAUCAACGGGGAACUGCCCGGGCCAACCAUAGUUGCUAAGACCAACGACGUGGUGGAGGUGAACGUGUUCAACCGAUUGGAUGAGCCUAUAUUGUUCACCUGGGACGGCAUACAACAUCGACACAAUUCAUGGCAAGACGGGGUGUCGGGAACAAAUUGUGAGAUUCCUUCACAUUGGAACUGGACCUACAAGUUUCAGGUGAAGGAUCAAAUUGGCAGUUUCUUCUACUUCCCAAGCACUCGAUUCCAGCGAGCUGCUGGUGGCUAUGGUGGAAUCCGCAUAGAUUCCCCCAGAGUGCCUUCACCGUUUGUCGAACCCCUAGUGGACGUCUUCGUGCUUAUUGGUGAUUGGUACACCCGUAGCCACAAGGACUUACGACAAACAUUGGAGGAUGGAGACCUGAUAGGCCGGCCCGAUGGAGUUCUAAUUAAUGGCUUUGGACCUUACAGUAGGGUAGACUCAACUAGAUGCUGGGUUCUGCCUGUAGAACGUGGGCAAACCUACCGUCUCCGCAUCUCAAAUGUGGGAGUAAAAACGACUCUAAACUUUCGGAUACAGGGUCAUGAAAUGACAUUAGUUGAGACGGAGGGUUCCUACACACAACAGAAGUCGCUCAACAAUCUGGAUGUGCAUGUUGGUCAGUCCUACUCCGUCAUUGUAACAGCAGAUCAAGCGAGCAGAGACUAUUACAUUAUGGCAAGUCCUCGGUUCGAAAAUGCAACAACCUUUUAUGAUGCUGCUGGAGUGGCUCUGAUGCAUUACAGCGAUUCCAAUGUGAUUGCGUCUGGUCCACAUCCUCUUGGACCUGAUCCUGAUGAUAUAUCGUUCUCACUCGAACAAGCACGAUCCAUCACAUGGAAUUUGACUGCUGGAGCAGCCCGACCUAAUCCGCAGGGGUCAUUCCAUUAUGGAAGCAUCGACCCCUCUCAAACUUUUAUCUUCAAAAACUCUGGUCCAGCCAUUGAUGGGCAUCACAGAUUUGCAAUAAAUAAUAUUUCUUUUGUUCCAACCACCACACCCUUGAAACUGGCUGAUUUCUACAACAUUAGCUCGGGUGUAUACACUUUAGAUGCUUGGCCGUCAAUCUACUCUCAACAAGAGAUAAUGCCUAUAUUUGAGCCCACAUUGGCAACUGCAGUUGUGAGUGGUCAGUACAAGGCAUUCGUGGAGAUGGUGUUUGAAAAUAAUGAGGCAACGUUGCAGAGCUGGCAUCUGGAUGGAUAUGCUUUCUGGGUAGUUGGCAUGGAUCACGGUCGAUGGAGUCCGACAAGCCGGAGCCAGUACAACAAUGUGGAUGCAGUUGCUCGUUGCACAACACAGGUCUUUCCACAGUCAUGGACAGCAGUCAUGGUGAUGCUCGAUAAUGUGGGAGUCUGGAACUUGCGAUCUGAGAAUUUGCAACGUCAGUACUUAGGUCAAGAGCUGUAUUUGCGCGUAGUGAACCCCGAAGUGUUGCCUAUGCACAGCCCCUACUCGGAGACUCCCAUUCCAGACAACGCCUUACACUGUGGGUGGCUUUCUUAUAAGCAAAAAGCUCAGAUAUCCAAAGCAUCUGUUAUUAAUGUUUACAAUGCAAUAUAUUUUGUACUAGUUAAUGUAUUUUUAUAUUGCUUAAUAUAGAAUUAGUACUUUCUAAGCAAUUUAGUUUUUAAAAAAAAAUAGAAAAAACUAUCAAUAAAAAUAUAAAAUAAUGUAAAAUAUGAAUUAUAUUUUAUGACACAAAGAUAGUUGAAUUUAAAUUUAAAUAUAAUAUUGCAUAACCAAUAUUAAGUAUCAAUGAUAGAAAAACUUAAUUUUGCUAAGCAUUCAUUGCUAUAUAAGCCAAAUGAGCAAAGUUUCUUUACAAAUACAAGGCUUGAAUCAAAUG